AGCACCUAACGUUCAAGGAGUCAAGACAACUUCAGAUGGAUUCCAUGAACAGCAAAGGAAAAGCUCUACCACAAACUAAAGGAAAGAAGAAAAUGAAGAGAAGAGGACCAAGGUUGACAGGCGUUAGUAGGCAAAGACGUCUAGCUAAUGCCAGGGAGCGAAAUAGGGUGCAAAUCCUAAAUGCUAAGAUUGAUGCAUUGCGGGAUCUCAUACCACUUUUCCCAGACGAGAAGAAACCUUCCAAAACUGACACAGUCAGACUUGCUGCAGAAUAUAUUGGUCACCUCACAGAUAUACUAGAAACCACCAAGAAACCUUCUUCCUUGAGCGAUUCUUCUGCAAGUUCAAGCAUUGAUGACUUUGAUUUCGAUGACUUUACAACCGAGUUCGACUUUUCUGACUUAGCUCAAGAUGAUCCGUUCCCUGAAAUCGCUGAUUUUAGUGUAGAAGAUUUAUUCUGGGACGAUACGGGAUUUCAGUACUGAUCAAUGAACGAGAUGGGACACAAUGGAAGAUGGAAUUCAAAAUUCAUCAAAUAAAUCUUAACAUUUACAAGGUGAUAACCAGAAUAUUUCAGGAACGUCUUCAUACAUUUGUUCCUCUAUAAAGACAGCAUUUGAACAGAAAACAUUAAAUAAUGUAUUGAAUUUUAAGUAGCCAAGCAAGUUA